AUGCCCGACGCCAUGAAUAUCACCUGGAUGUUUAGCACGAUAAAUUCCUAUUCAUAUUACUACUACGCCGCCCUGGAUCUGACGUCAGACGUUCGAUACGAUGGCGGGACCGUGUCGUCACCUUCUCUGGUCAUACGUAACGUCACAUUGUCUGAUGGUGGUUAUUAUCUCCUAGGACUGACCAAUGUCGACGGCACGAUUUACUCGUCAAGGAUUUCUCUAAGUGUUCAAAAAAGUUAUCCAAAUGUUGUAACCACCGGAUUCUAUGCUGUAAAUGCAAGCAACAACGUGACACUGACAUGUAAUUUUACGUCAUCCUACCCACCAGUGCAGAUGAUGCAGUGGUAUAGAUAUGACAGCGAUAUAACAACUGGUCUGACGGGGAAAUAUGUAGGGGGAACUCUACAGAACCCCUCCCUUACCAUCACAGACUUCCAACCCGACGAUCAAGGAAUUUACAAGUGCUCAGCAUCCAAUUUAUACGGCACGAGAAAUAGUUCAGAUAUAAUCGUUUAUCUAGAUGGAGGAAAGCAAAUUAACGUGGCCAGGUCAACGUACUCAGUUUACACCGGUGAUGACGUCAUUCUCUCUGUGUCCAUAUUCUCCAUGCCCGACGCCAUGAAUAUCACCUGGAUGUUUAGCACGAUAAAUUCCUAUUCAUAUUACUACUACGCCGCCCUGGAUCUGACGUCAGACGUUCGAUACGAUGGCGGGACCGUGUCGUCACCUUCUCUGGUCAUACGUUAUCCAAAUGUUGUAACCACCGGAUUCUAUGCUGUAAAUGCAAGCAACAACGUGACACUGACAUGUAAUUUUACGUCAUCCUACCCACCAGUGCAGAUGAUGCAGUGGUAUAGAUAUGACAGCGAUAUAACAACUGGUCUGACGGGGAAAUAUGUAGGGGGAACUCUACAGAACCCCUCCCUUACCAUCACAGACUUCCAACCCGACGAUCAAGGAAUUUACAAGUGCUCAGCAUCCAAUUUAUACGGCACGAGAAAUAGUUCAGAUAUAAUCGUUUAUCUAGAUGGAGGUGCUCCAGUAACAUUAACAGGACAAAAUAUGACUGGCUCGCCUGGCACAACAUUGACCAUUCCCUGUACUGUUGUGAGCGAAUCAAUAAGUACAGUCUUCUGGACGUUUCAGCCCAGUGACCAGGACAAUGAAACAGAAAUAGUUUUUUCUUAUUCCAAAUUUUACUGGUACUCUUCUUCACCCUCUUUACGAAUUUAUUAUUUGAAUACCUCUGAUAUAGGAUUUUACAGAUGUUGUGCUAACAGUUCAAGUGGCCUUGGACGAAGUACACCGGUACAUGUUACUCUCAAGGGAAAGCAAAUUAACGUGGCCAGGUCAACGUACUCAGUUUACACCGGUGAUGACGUCAUUCUCUCUGUGUCCAUAUUCUCCAUGCCCGACGCCAUGAAUAUCACCUGGAUGUUUAGCACGAUAAAUUCCUAUUCAUAUUACUACUACGCCGCCCUGGAUCUGACGUCAGACGUUCGAUACGAUGGCGGGACCGUGUCGUCACCUUCUCUGGUCAUACGUAACGUCACAUUGUCUGAUGGUGGUUAUUAUCUCCUAGGACUGACCAAUGUCGACGGCACGAUUUACUCGUCAAGGAUUUCUCUAAGUGUUCAAAAAAGUUAUCCAAAUGUUGUAACCACCGGAUUCUAUGCUGUAAAUGCAAGCAACAACGUGACACUGACAUGUAAUUUUACGUCAUCCUACCCACCAGUGCAGAUGAUGCAGUGGUAUAGAUAUGACAGCGAUAUAACAACUGGUCUGACGGGGAAAUAUGUAGGGGGAACUCUACAGAACCCCUCCCUUACCAUCACAGACUUCCAACCCGACGAUCAAGGAAUUUACAAGUGCUCAGCAUCCAAUUUAUACGGCACGAGAAAUAGUUCAGAUAUAAUCGUUUAUCUAGAUGGAGGUGCUCCAGUAACAUUAACAGGACAAAAUAUGACUGGCUCGCCUGGCACAACAUUGACCAUUCCCUGUACUGUUGUGAGCGAAUCAAUAAGUACAGUCUUCUGGACGUUUCAGCCCAGUGACCAGGACAAUGAAACAGAAAUAGUUUUUUCUUAUUCCAAAUUUUACUGGUACUCUUCUUCACCCUCUUUACGAAUUUAUUAUUUGAAUACCUCUGAUAUAGGAUUUUACAGAUGUUGUGCUAACAGUUCAAGUGGCCUUGGACGAAGUACACCGGUACAUGUUACUCUCAAGGGAAAGCAAAUUAACGUGGCCAGGUCAACGUACUCAGUUUACACCGGUGAUGACGUCAUUCUCUCUGUGUCCAUAUUCUCCAUGCCCGACGCCAUGAAUAUCACCUGGAUGUUUAGCACGAUAAAUUCCUAUUCAUAUUACUACUACGCCGCCCUGGAUCUGACGUCAGACGUUCGAUACGAUGGCGGGACCGUGUCGUCACCUUCUCUGGUCAUACGUAACGUCACAUUGUCUGAUGGUGGUUAUUAUCUCCUAGGACUGACCAAUGUCGACGGCACGAUUUACUCGUCAAGGAUUUCUCUAAGUGUUCAAAAAAGUUAUCCAAAUGUUGUAACCACCGGAUUCUAUGCUGUAAAUGCAAGCAACAACGUGACACUGACAUGUAAUUUUACGUCAUCCUACCCACCAGUGCAGAUGAUGCAGUGGUAUAGAUAUGACAGCGAUAUAACAACUGGUCUGACGGGGAAAUAUGUAGGGGGAACUCUACAGAACCCCUCCCUUACCAUCACAGACUUCCAACCCGACGAUCAAGGAAUUUACAAGUGCUCAGCAUCCAAUUUAUACGGCACGAGAAAUAGUUCAGAUAUAAUCGUUUAUCUAGAUGGAGCACGCCAAAAGUUGUGCUCCAGUAACAUUAACAGGACAAAAUAUGACUGGCUCGCCUGGCACAACAUUGACCAUUCCCUGUACUGUUGUGAGCGAAUCAAUAAGUACAGUCUUCUGGACGUUUCAGCCCAGUGA